AUGGACCAAACACACGCUCGGGCCUUGGAGGCUAUACAGCCCUUCGUCGCCCUAGCUACAUCCAACAGCGCAACUUCACCUCGCUUCGUGGCCAAUAUCGUCACAAAUGCCACCUCGGCGUCCCAAACAUACGUCUUCGCCGAGCUGCUAGAGACUCCAACCAUCCAGGCUCUAGCUGCCCCCGAUUGCCCCGCCGAGUAUAAGGGCUACCUAAAGCUGCUCGAGAUCUUUGCCUGGGGCACAUGGCAGGAAUACCAAGAAACCCCCAAUCUCCCCAAACUAAGCGCGGAACAAACCCUCAAACUCCGCCUCCUCUCCCUCCUCACCCUCGCCUCAACCACAAAGCCCCUCACCUACCAAGCCCUCAUGAAAUCCCUCUCCCUCCCCACAACCGCCGACCUCGAAUCCCUCGUGACAACCGCCAUCUACGCAAACCUAAUCACCGCCCGCCUCUCCCCAGCCUCAACCCCACCCACCAUAAACGUGACCUCCGUCGCACCCCUCCGCGACGUCCAGCCCCAAUCCCUCCCUAAAAUGAUCACCCUCCUCACGGAAUGGGAGUCCCGCUGCGGUGAGGUCGUGACGGACCUGGAAACCGAAAUCGCCCGGGUCAAGGUGAAUGCCCAGAAACGCCAUGCCAAGGAACAGGCGUACCGGGAGCGGUUGGAGGAUGCGGUGGAGCGGCGACAGGCUGAGACUGCGCGGAAGGGUGGGAAUGGUAUGGAUGGACGUGCUGCUGAUGAUUUUGAUGAGGAUGAUGGCUUUGUAUCUGGUGACAAUGGGGAGUCGUGGUCGCGGAUGGAUAUUGAUGAAGGGUCCGGUGUAGGCCGGGGAGGGAGCAGGCAGACGAAGCGAGUUGUCGGACGAAAGACCUAG